AUGCGCAGUCGCGACUUGGUCUGUCCGCCAUUGAGACACACGAUCUCAGAUAGAAACGGGUCAGAGGCAGUGACACAGACGACACUCACGUUUUUCCAUUCCUCGUGCUCUGAAGUUUGACGGUUGCCUAAUUUUUUUAAACAGGACGUAUUUUACAGUUCGUUUACACUGGUGUUUUUCUUUCCCGAGAGACGUUGAUGGACCCGCACAUGAUAUUUUAGUUGCUGUCCAGGGCGAGUGUGUUCCCGUUAGUGGGUGAAGCGAACCGAGCCUGGCUCUGCUCUGGGGGCAAGUGUGCUUGCAGCAGCUCAGCGUUUGAUGGAUCCUAGAAUCGCCUGGUUUCAGCCAGAACAGCGCGGACCCGCCAACAACCUGUGGAUGCACAUCUGGGAAACGACACAGACGCUGGGAAACCUUUACUUUAACAACAACUGCAACACAGCCAGCGCCAAACUGACGAGCAGCGGCGGCGGGGACGGGGCGUCGAGCAACGCGGUGGACAGCAGCGGAAAGACCAAGGAUCAUCAGGGGAUGUCUGGAUCCAAACCCGACAGUGAGGUGUCCCAACAACGAGACUUUAUCCCACUGGAAACCAAUAACAAUAAUAACAGCAGCAGUAGGGCUGGCAGGGGUUUCGGCGGAGGGGGGCAAGUGGGUGGCAGUGGGGUCGUAGGAGUGGGAACUGAGUUGCCAAGCAAAAGGAAGAGAGACAACAAGGCGAGCACCUUUGACUUUAACAAGAGUCUGCUGCUGACGGAUGGGGCGCAGGACAUCUACACGGGCACACCGUGGAAGAGCAGAAACUACUCGGACGGCAUCGUGGGGCUGCAUGAAGAGAUAAAGGACUUUUAUGAUUACAUUUCUCCUCGUCCAGAGGAGGAACACAUGAGGCUGGAGGUGGUGGCCAGGAUCCAGAGGGUCAUCAAAGACUUGUGGCCAAAUGCCGAGGUUGAAGUGUUUGGCAGCUUCAGCACAGGCUUGUAUUUACCUACAAGUGAUAUAGACUUGGUGGUUUUUGGUCACUGGGAGACUUUACCUCUUUGGACUCUGGAAGAGGCACUACGCAAGAGACAAGUGGCAGAUGAAAACUCUGUCAAAGUCUUGGAUAAAGCAACGGUCCCCAUCAUUAAAUUGACAGAUGCUCACACAGAGGUAAAAGUGGACAUCAGCUUUAAUGUACAGAGUGGUGUAAAAGCUGCAAACCUCAUCAAGGACUUCAAACGGCAAUAUCCUGUGUUACCGUACCUGGUGCUGGUUUUGAAGCAGUUUUUACUGCAAAGAGAGCUCAAUGAGGUUUUCACAGGAGGAAUCGGUUCAUACAGUCUGUUCCUCAUGGCUGUCAGCUUUUUACAGCUGCACUAUAGAGAGGACGUGUGUAGUUCAAACGCAAACCUGGGUGUGCUGCUGAUUGAGUUUUUUGAGCUGUACGGACGGCAUUUUAACUACCUGAAGACGGGGAUCAGGAUCAAAGACGGGGGCUCAUACGUGGCCAAAGAUGACGUGCAGAAAGGCAUGCUAGAUGGGUACAGACCCUCUAUGCUUUACAUUGAAGAUCCAUUGCAGCCAGGAAAUGAUGUAGGGCGAAGUUCAUAUGGGGCGAUGCAGGUGAAAGAGGCUUUUGAUUACGCUUAUGUUGUCUUAAGUCACGCUGUAUCCCCAAUUGCCAAGUACUACCCCAACAACAAGUCAGAGAGUAUUCUAGGUAGAAUAAUCCGUGUCACACAGGAAGUAGCAGAGUACCGUGACUGGAUCAGUGCGCAGUGGGGUCAGAAGAGCAACAAAGAGCCGGUCCUCAACUGUAAUGCAAAUGAUGUCACACUGCUAGUUAAGCCUGAGGAACUUGAUGAGUGUAAUAAUAACCUUUCAGAGGAUGGUGUUGGGCUUCCUCCUGCCCCCCGGAGCAAAGUGUCAUCCAACUCUUCCUCUCCUUCCCCCUCUUCUCCUUCAUCACCAUCAUCAUCGUCAUCGCCAUCUUCAACGGCCUCUAGCUCAAGUGAUGCGGAUUCUGAUGGAACACCCUAUAAGACAGCGAAAGCUUUGGGUGGGCGAGGCUCUUACAGUGAGAAUACAGAAAGGAAUCUGUCCAAUCACAGGUCUCAAAAUCAUUCAGCAACAAUACCCACCCCCACUAAUAAGGGAAAUAAGAGCCGACAGCUUGCUAACAAAAGUGCUCAAGGGUCACACAGCAACCCCAACAAGAUGCAGCAAAACAACAAGUCUCAAAAACUCCUCAUAAAGAAGAGGAAACCUCAGCGUGAGGUAGCGCAUGGGGACCUGUGUAGAUAGGGGGAGCUGUUACUGCAGACUCACACCUGCUCUUAAUUUUUCUGACCACUGAAGGGUGCUGGUGGUACAAUUUUUCUCUCCUGUCCCACUGUUCAAGGGAUGCGUGUGACUUUGUAGCUGGAAAAGGAAAAGAACAAAACACACACAAAAAAAAGAAUAAGUCAAGUGGGGCAUAUGCCAUGGGACUGAAAUCAUGUGGGAGUGUUUAGGCCUGAACUCCACUGGCUUCUGCACAGCUUCUGCUCACUGCCCAUAGGGGGAGCUGCACUCCUCUACUGGAGACGUGGAGGACCAGAGAAUGUAGGAGAGAGAGAAUUCACCUUGAGCAAUACCUGAAGCCCUGGACUUUUGCCUCACUGAGGAAAACUGAAAUAAAAAAAAGACUCAAAUUACAUAAAAAU